GAGACGCGCGCGGGGCGGCUUCCGGGGUCUCGAGCGCUGGUGUUUUUCCCCCGGGCCGGCGAGUCAGGGGCGGCGGGGCCCGUGCUCGGCGGGCAGAGCCCGGCUCCGGGGCCGCGGCGGCGCCGCCGUGGAUGGGCGCGGGGGCCGGGUCGGUGCCGCGAUGGCGAAGGCGAGGAUGCUGGCCCCCGAGCGCGCCCCGGGCGACCCGGCGCCUGAGCCCGGGCUCGUCAAGAAGCCGAGUCGGAAGAAAAACAGAAAGAAAAGGUUCUGGAAGAACAAAGCUCGAGAAGCGAGCAGGAAGCCGGGGAACGACCCCAGAGGGGUCGCGGUGCGGCCUCCAAAGGCACCAGAGGACUUUUCCCAAAACUGGAAGGUUCUGCGGGAGCUGCUGAAACCAAAGUCACAGGCCCUGGAGGAGUCUCUCGUUCCCUCUCGGCUGAGUUCCAGAAAGCAGCCCCAAAGGGCCCAGCCCAGCAGAAAAGCGGUGCCAGACAGAGCAGAGAGGAGCCAGGUGGGGACAGAAAACACAGCUCCCGAGGCCAGCGGAGGCGCUGCGCCCUCACCGCGACUUCCGACACAGAGGAAGAGGCCCGCCCCUCGCACACAGGCCGGCGGGCAGGCUCAGCACAGGGAGAAGGAAGCCAAGACAAGGACCAGUGGCGACAUUUCUCCAAAGCGAGGAGACAUCAAGCAUAAGAAGCGGAAAGCUGAGGAGGUGACUGCCCCCUUGCCGCCAGCCCCGCCCACCGAAGCAGACAUCUGGUUUGAUGACGUGGACCCUGCGGACAUCGAAGCGGCCCUCGGCCCCGAGGCGGCCGAGGUGGCCCGCAAGCAGCUGGGCCAGAGCGAGAGCGGUGUCACGCUGGUCAAGGAGCGGGCCUUCGACGGCCUGACGAGAGCCCUGGCCCUGGACUGUGAGAUGGUGGGCGUGGGCCCCCAGGGGGACGAGAGCAUGCUGGCCCGCGUGUCUCUGGUGAACCAGUUCGGGAAGUGUGUUUAUGACAAGUACGUGAAGCCGACCCAGCCGGUGACCGACUACAGGACGGCGGUCAGUGGGAUCCGGCCCGAGAACCUGGCGCAGGGAGAGGAAUUUGAAAUCGUGCAGAAGGAGGUGGCAGCCUUGCUGAAGGGCCGCAUCCUGGUGGGACACGCGCUGCACAAUGACCUCAAGGUGCUGUUUCUGGGUCACCCGAAGAAGAAGGUCCGGGACACGCAGAAGUACAGGCCCUUCAGGAGCCAAGUGAAGAGUGCACGGCCGUCUCUGAAGCUGCUCGCCGAGAAGAUCCUGGGGCUCCCGGUGCAGCAGGCGGAGCACUGUUCUGUUGAGGAUGCGCAGGCGGCCAUGCGACUCUACAUCUCGGUGAAGCGGGAGUGGGAGAGCCUUGCCCGGGACAGGCACCCCUCGGCCCCCGCCCUGGAUGCCCGCAGCCACCGCACCUAGCAGGAGCCCUGCCCUGGGCCGCCCCACACCCCCGGCAGCUGUGACGGGACAGAUCGAGUCGCAGGACAGGGACGCUGUCAAAAAUCUCGGAAUCAUGGUGGCUGAGACAUGCGUGCUGCUGAGCGGACAUCUGCCCCCUGGCUUUGUGACCUGAGACCUUCCCCCCGCCGGCGGAGGGGGAGCCUGUUCCCGGGGGUUGCCUGGUCCCCGAGCUGGAAGCACCCAGUUCUCAUCUGGGCUUUGGGCGCCUUCCUGAUGAGGCCCCUGUCCCUUGUUGCCGUGGGCGAUGGGAAGAACUCUCCGGCCUGGGGCAGCCCAUGGACUUGGUUUCUGAGGGCAAAAACCUCACCCCCCACCCCCACACACCCCUGCCAAGUUCAGACCCCGGGUCAGAGCGCACGGCUGGCCCAGCAUGGUGACAGCAGUUGUCCCCGGAGGACACGCAGACCGUGGGCGGCCUGUAGCUUUUCCUGCCUGGCCCCCGGCUGAGGGUCCGAGAACAGGAGCAGCCAGUGGCACCAAGUGGAGCGCGUGAUGCCCUAGGCUGUCCUGGGCCACCUGAGAGCAGGACGACAGUCUGCACCCACGGAGGGCGUUCCGUGACGUGAACACAGGCUUUUACUUGAGCUGGAGCGCGUGGAGGCUCAGCGGCCGAGAGGACCACCGUGUCCCGCUGCUGCCACGUGUCCCAGCCCAGCCAGGCUGCGGGAGGAAGGAGAGGGAGGCCUGGGCCGGGACAAAGCCUGCGGGUCUCCCUCGGGGCAGGGCUGCGGGGCCGCCACCAGCCUCUGGAGCCCACUCUCUGCAUAAGAAACCAGCUCCUGGAAGGACAAGAGUGGGCCGGCUUUUUCACAGGCCUUCUCAGGCGCCACAGUC